UUCGUUGUUUUGGGUGUUUAUAUAAACUCAAGUCAGAUCGAAGAGAUCUGUAGUGAGCUCACUGAUAAGUUCCUGUCAAGAGACGCCAAGCUAAACAAUGCAUCUUAAAGCCCUUUUGAGCGUAUUUGCUGUCCUGUGCUUGACCCUGGUUGCUGCCCAGGUACGGGACUGCGAUGAGAUCGCCAGGAGAUGCGAGUCCUGCGUGAGACGUCUGAAUAACCCAAGCGAUCGCGAGCUGCCCAACUUCAACAGGCAGUGCAGAGAAAGGACCCAAAGGAACUGGCGCUGGAGGAACGUAGGACGUUGUGAGCUCACCAGGCUGAACUGCUUGGGUUGGGAGCGACGCAUGAGCUGCGCUGACAUAGCUGAGUUGGCUGGCAUGGAGCGCAGGAGGAAUUGAUUAAGAAAAAGUCAUUUACAAACGGAUGAUUAAAUACAAAUAAAUAGAGCAUUAAAGUAAAACUCAAAAA